ACAUAUCAAAACUAGAACCCUCUUUCACUUUGAAUCACUUCUAUAUAUAGCAUUCUGAUCACAACCAAAUUCCAUCGAGGAAAUAUACAUUUGAAGCUUGAAAAUCUUUCUUUGCUUACUCUGUAGACAUUUCUUUACUUUUCUUUUUUGGUGUUAAUCUUUGUUCAUAGUUUUGCAGGCAUGUCACUCAUUCCUAGUCUUCUUGGUGGUCGAAGAACCAAUGUCUUUGAUCCAUUUUCUCUUGAUGUGUGGGAUCCUUUUGAUGGGUUCUUCAACUCUGCAUUGUCGAUCAGUGUGCCAUCUUCAGCACAUGAGACUUCAGCCUUUGCUAAUGCAAGGAUUGAUUGGAAGGAAACACCAGGAGCUCACGUUUUCAAAGCUGACCUUCCGGGGCUGAAGAAAGAGGAGGUGAAAGUUGAGGUUGAAGAAGGGAGGAUUCUUCAGAUAAGUGGGGAGAGGAGCAAAGAGCAAGAAGAGAAGAAUGACAAGUGGCAUCGCAUCGAGAGAAGCGGUGGGAAGUUCCUGAGGAGGUUUAGGUUGCCUGAGGAUGCAAAGAUGGAUCAGAUUAAGGCUAGCAUGGAAAAUGGUGUCUUAACCUUGACUGUCCCCAAGGAGGAGGAGAAGAAACCUGAGGUUAAGGCCAUUGAGAUUUCGGGCUAAUCGACAUGGUUUACACAUUUUAAGUUUCAAGAGCCUCGAUUAUGGAACAAUAAGCAAAUGGUUUUAGUAUUUGUUUAUGUGUGAAGUCUUCCAAUGUCUUCCUUAUGUUUUUUACUAAAAAUAAAAAAUGAUGUAAAAGUGUGAGACAGUUUUUAACUUUUGAAUAAAUAAGUGCUUGUUGGAAUCUGUUCAAACGAGUUUUCUUGUGAUGUUAUAGCUAUCUACUUCUUAAAUUUGUUUAUAGAUCCUACUUUUGCAGUGACACUAGUUUUACUCACCCUGCCCGCGGGGUGGUGACAGCAGAGAAAUUAAGUAGCGAUCUUUCAUCAGCUCUUUUUCUUGGCUUGUUGAUCUAUAGCCAGGGUGCUGGUGCGAGCUUUUGCCAAUGCAAGGGUUGAUUGGAAAGAGACCCCGGAGGCACGUCUUUAGAGCUGACCUUCCAGGGCUGAAGAAAGAGAGAUGAAAGUUACGGUCCAGGAAGGUAGGAUACUUCAGAUAAGCCGGGAGAGGAGCAAAGAGCAAGAAGAGAAGAAUGACAAAGAGGCAUCACGUUGAGAGGAGCAGUGGCAAGUUCAUGAGGAGGUUCAGGUUGCCUGAAAAUGCAAAGUUGGAUCAGGUUAAGGCUAGCAUGGAAAAGAUUGAUGCUUUGGUACUUUUGAAAUACAGUACAUAUGAAGGAACAAAUGUCUGGUUUUGUUUUUGUGUUGUUUUUGGGUUGGUAAUGGCCUAA